AUGGAUACCAACACAGAUAUUAGCCGCGCCAAUGACCUGAACAUUACCAUCAGCGUCAUGACUGUCGCAAUAGUGGUCACCACGAGUAUCCGAAUUGUUGGCAAAUUUAUAUGUCGUCGGGCAUUAGGGCCUGAAGACUACCUCAUACUUCUCGGGACAGCCCUUGAUCUCGUUGCCAAUGCUUUUGACUAUAAAGCUACGGCUAGCGGGUUUGGCCGACACACCCGCUUCCUCUCACCUCCUUCCCGCAUCCAGGCCGUUAAAUACGCGCAGCUCGCCGUCGCGUCGCAGCCUGGGCAAUCUGGAGCAUCAAGCUGUCUGUCUGCUUCUUUCUGCUUACGCUUAUCCGGGGUACAAAGCACCGCUACUUCCGCUGGGCAACGGCUCGGUUGCUUCACGAAUAUCUUCUAUGCUCUUUCCCCAGCAUACUUUCUGUGGAAUGUGCAGCUGGAAUGGCGCAAGAAGGCGCCUGUGCUAGCUAUUAUGGGUUGUGGAAUCAUCGUAACAAUAGUUGGUUUCCUCAACAUCGCAUUCGCGCGCGACUUCCUAGACCGCGCAGAUAGCACUUGGGCGCUGACGAAUGAGUUUAUCUGCGAUAUUAUCGAACGGAACAUCUCUGCCUUUGUUGCGAAUCUCCCUGCUCUGUGGCAGUUAGGGAGAAGAUUCAGGGAGUGGUCAUCUAGAACGAAGACUGGAGAGCACCCUACUGGCAGUGACAGCAGUCGUUUUGGUCGGUUCGAGUUCGGUCGCAAUGGGUAUAAUAGUAGGCUGGAUUCUGAAGAUAGGAAUACUCACCCUUUGCGGGAAAGAUCCCGGGGAGGUGCGGCUGGAGACCGU